UUAAUUAAAUUAAUCUAACUUCUCAAAGUUAAACCAAUAUAAGACAUUUAAAAAUUGUAUCCUAUAGACUUUAUACCUCUGCUAUUAAAGUGAAAGGGUGUUUAUUGAUCAACUGAACAUGUCGUCAAUGAAAAGACAACUGAGUGAAGUUUCAAAACAAGCGAUCUCGGAAACCUUUGCACUGUUUGAUUCUGACCGUGAUGGAAAAGUAUCAAAGAAGGAGAUCGGUGCCAUGAUGAGAUCUCUUGGAUAUCUCACUUGUUCAGAAGAAUUAGAUGACAUUCUACACAGAUUAGAUAGCGAUGGUAAUGGUUAUAUAGACUAUCAGGAAUUUGAAGAUUUUGCUAUAAAAAUUAACAUGGUAAAAAAGGAUACACUGGAAGAUCCUGAUUUUAGAGCAGCUUUUGACAUGUUAGACAGAAAUAAAGAUGGUUUUAUUGACCAAUCAGAACUAAAAUAUUUUAUGAAACAGUUUGGAGAUAAAAACGCCGAGGACGAUUCUUUAGAAACAAUCAUAGAUGCUGACAAAGACGGAGAUGGUAAAAUAAACUAUAAUGAAUAUGCACAGCACAUGAAAGGAAAAAUAUGAAGACAAGAUUCCGCGCAAAGACAUCAUAUCAUAGUAUCUCAUUUAAAAAACAAACUAUAUAUCAUUCAUUGCAACUGGACGAUUUAUAUAAUUUCAAAUAUUAUAUUUUACAUUAAAGAUGAAUUCACGAUCACCUAUA